GUCCGGACCAGAAUGCAAUGCAAUCUCAUUUGCGACAAUCUUAAUUCUCACCGCUCACCGCUCUUUCAGGCCAGGAAGAAUAACCUAGUCCUGCAGUGGGUGAAGAAAAGAUUUGCAAGAGGGUCUAUUCAUACAUAAAACAGGGCUGUUUGGUUGAUAUGUGUCGUGGAUGGCUGCAACAAACGCCCACCCGAGCUGGCUGGAAUGUUUGUAAGCGCGAAGGUUUUGACUUUCUCAAUCGUCAACCUCGCUUCCUUUGAACAAAGUUUGCGAGUGUAGGACAGAAGGAAUCGCUAUACCACUAUAUACUGAACAUUUUCAAACUUGCAGGGCUGGAUAUGCAUGUACAUGUACAUACAUACAUGUACGAGGUUUGUUGAAGGAGAGAUCCGGGCAUCCUUCUCUCAGCGUCUUCACAACAGCCCCGGCAUUUCAUUUAGCAGCUUUGCUGGCUCGAAAUAUCCAAAAAGAAAACUUGUGCCUACAUUCAAUGAAUGUUCUGUCUAUAUUAGGCAUGUGCGUGGUUUCCUCCCCUGCAUUUUCUCAAAUGAAAAUUCCUAGAUAUGCCUCGUGUUCUUCGCGCAGUUCCUAUUGACACCAAUCCCGCCAUCAUACCUACCAUCCCAAAAGCCCGCUUUAAUCCGUCCAUAAAACGAGGGGUGUUCCCGAACACAUCCGGUCGAAGUUCUAGUGACAUUGAUCUUCCCAAUUGUGCCGCAAUAGAUACCUCUAUCAAGAAAAAAGAAUAAAAUAAAAUAAAAAUACCCUUUUUUGAAAAUACAAUUCUCUCCCAAACAUGACCCGCUCCCUGAGUUUCGAUACCACAGGCACCGAAAAUGGUGAAAUUUUUCCCUCCAUAUUGGGUCCGGAGUACUACGGUUUCGACCAUAUCACUUGGUACGUGGGGAAUGCGAAACAGGCAGCGUCAUAUUUCAUCACUCGCCUGGGCUUUAACCAAAUCGCAUAUCGCGGCCCGGAGACAGGAUCGCGCACCGUGGCCUCAUAUGUCAUCUCGAAUGGCAGUGCUACUUUUGUCAUGACCUCUCCCGUCUGCGGGAAAUUGGCAGAGGAUGAAACAAGCAGCUUUGGGAUCUCCGACGAGGAGAAAGUCUUGCUUGAUGAAAUCCAUGCUCAUUUGGAAAAGCAUGGGGACGGGGUAAAGGAUGUUGCUUUUCAGGUCAAUGCGAACGUUAGGUCCAAGUGGGAGAGGGCUGUGGCUCAUGGCGCGGUUUCUGUGCUGAGACCUACGAUCAUCCGGGGCGAGGAGCCCGGGAGUGGGAAGAUAGAGCUGGCUACGAUCAAAUCGUAUGGGGACACGACACAUACCCUGGUUAACAGGGACCGCUAUAGGGGAUGCUUCAUGCCUGGAUAUGUGCAAGUGGAAAAGGGGGACGCGAUCAACGAGCUCUUGCCUGCUGUUGAGUUUAUUGAAAUUGACCACUGUGUUGGGAAUCAGCCGUGGAAUGGGCUGGACAAGGCAGUGAAAUUCUACGAAGACUGUCUUGACUUCCACCGGUACUGGACCGUCGACGAUAAAACCAUGUGCUCCGACUAUUCCGCCAUGCGCUCCAUCGUCGUCGCAUCACCUAACGAAGUCAUCAAAAUGCCCCUGAACGAGCCAGCAGUGGGCAAGAAGAAAUCACAAAUUGAAGAAUUCGUCGACUACUACAACGGCUCAGGGGUGCAACAUAUCGCCUUCCGCACCCACGACAUCAUCAGCACUGUAACCAAUUUGCGCAAAAGGGGCGUAGAGUUUCUAUCCGUGCCCACAACAUAUUAUGAUGCGAUGCGCACUCGCCUCGCUGCCAUCGGUGCCGGGAACACGGACGGCAAUAAAGGGGGAAGCCUAGUCAUCAAAGAAAGCAUAGAUUCACUGCAGGCGCUGAACAUCUUGAUAGAUUUCGACGAGCAAGGGUACCUACUGCAGAUAUUCACGAAGCAUGUGCUGGAUCGGCCGACGGUGUUUUUGGAGGUGAUUCAGCGGAAUAAUUUUGAUGGGUUUGGUGCGGGGAAUUUUAAGAGUUUGUUUGAGGCAUUUGAGAGGGAGCAGGCGGCUAGAGGGAACCUUUGAGUAGGGUCAAUUUUCGAUUUUCAGCUUUUCACGUGUGUGUCCUUGUUGGUUGUGGGUUCCGUAGAAACAGCGAGUGGUUUGCGAAGGAACGAUCGGUAGGGAAUAAAUGUACGAGCUGUCUUGGAAAUCUAGAGACAAGAGCAAGAGCAUCAUGGUACUGUAUUUCCAACUCCGACAAGUGUUUAUUUAACCUCCUCUCUUCGAAUCCCCUUUUCUCAAUUCUUCCAUCUGCAUCUAGGUGGUGUCAUUGAGGGCAACACUGGCCCCAUAUCCCCGCUUAUGCACGACGGUGUGCAUGACCGAACGUGGCUGCCGAAUAGUGCAUGCAGUAAGUCGUAGGACAAGCGCAGAGAAGCGCCUGUACAGAGAAAUACAAAGAGGAAAAUAAAAGAGGAACAUACGGCAUGAAUACUCCGUCUCAAAAAUCUUUCAAAUAGCAAGUUACUAAUAUCAUAGAGGAGAACGAAUGUAGGGAGAUAUAAGCAAGACACUGUAGAUAACAAAAAAAAAAAAAAAAAAAAA